UCCUUGCCUUUUCAAGCACAUAUUUUACUAUACACAUUGAGCUAUGAAAAUAAAAAUGUAAAUUAAUCACCGACAACAGCACUUUUUGCAAAUCACAGCUCAAUAUAUAGCGCGCGCUCUAGUGGACAGUAGCGUUACUAUAAUGCACCGCCUGCUCCCGAGUUUCGCGGUUAUGCGGUUCCAAGAUUUCAGAGAAUCUCGAAUAUCCGAAGAAGUCGAAUAAAAACACACGAAUUUUAAUAAAAAUCUUAGCAUUUUUACAAUUUGGCAGGCCACCAUGUAUUGUAAAUUAGUCCAUAAAAUAAUAUAUUUAAUUCGAGAUGACAGAAAGUGGCGGGUCAGACCGGUCUCAAAGAACCAGAUUUUGCUUCUGGAUCAAAGUAGGCUGGGCAAGGCCUUAAGUAUGUAAUUUUCAAAAUUUGCAAACCAGAACAUUCCACAUCAUACUCCACAUCCAAACGCAUCCAUUAUGCCCCGAAGUUUACUCUCGCAAAGAUAUAAUGACGAUUUGUUCCGCGUUAAGCAGCAUUACGAUGCCGAAUUUUGUCGCCUGUUUUGGAAUCCGUUUGCCGAUACCGAAGAUGAUAAUCUACGCGCAAAAUCCACCUACAAACCAAAAGGCACACGUAAGAAGAUGCGCAAAGUUGCUGAAGGCGGAAAACAUCGAUGUUAUCAAUGUAGGUCCAUCUUCCGGUGGCCAUCGGAUUUGAAGUACCACAUUGCAUUCAGCCAUAACGGGGAGCAGCUGAACGUUUGCCCGGAAGCGACGUGUGGCCAAAACUUUCAAUUCCCCUUUCAACUGGUAAACCAUCAGCGUACGUUUGGCCAUCACGAUUGGCAGAUAGUUUGUACGGUGUGCAACAAGCUGUUCGGCAGUCAACGGUUUCUAUCGCGCCAUACCCAGCUAGCGUGCAACCGGUACAAGCAGGAACAACAAGAGCAAGGACAGGACUCAGCUAAUAUGUAACAGGU